CCCACCCUCAAUCAAUACACCCCCACCACAAAUCAAUCAAUCAACCAUCCAUCAUUUUUCGCAUCACCACAACCUAGCAUAGGGACGUCUUCAAUACUGACGUCUCAUACCAUAUUCAACUUAAUCGUACGAUCAUCCAACUAUCCAAUCAAAUCAACCGUUGAAAUAUUUUACUAGAAGACUUCGUCACAAUGCCAGCCGCCGCCGGCCUUGCCGAUGAAGGCAUUAAAGCUGUCGCCGAUCGCAGAUACAAGGAGGGAAUCGACAAAUUGACUGAUGCCCUUAAAGACCAUCCGGCACCUCUUUGGCUUCUUGAGCGCUCUAAAGCCUAUGUGCGAACGAAUGAGAUCGACCUUGCCCUACGCGAUGCCGAGCAGGCUCUGGAGGUAUCCUUUCAGCGCGCAAACCGAGAUUACAUGAUCGAGGCUCAGAUUCGACGUGCCGUCACCCUCUUUCGACUAGGCCGUUAUGCUGACGCCGACAUUUGUGCCUUUUGGGCCACGAGACUCGUCGACGGGGCAAAGGUUAGCGAGGAUGAUGGACAACAGAAGAAAGUUAACGAGAUUGGAGACUACAUGGUGACCGCUGCUGAGGUUAAGAAUGCGGAUACACCUGCUGCAGGAGAAGGUCUUUCUACCGCUUUGCGUGGUUCUGGUUCGAGAACUAAGGAAUCGGCUCUACGAAACCAAGCGCUCUCAUGGCGUAUCCAGUCCCUAACCCAGAUGGAGAAGUUACCUGCUGGACAUCCUGGUCGUAAAGUGAACCCGAUGGAGAAGUUUCCCAAGCUCUCCGAGUCAGACCAGGAUAGCGUCGACAGUGACACCGAAGAGAGCGAUGAGAGUGCGGAGGGUGGUUCUAACGAUGACUGGGAGCUUCUCUACAAUGAAUUCGUCGCCGGUCACACGAGCAACCUCAUCAGAACCAACUUCUACCAGACAAACACCACUGUCAACGCGGACUUCUUCGUCAAGAAUGUGCCCGCGGAUCGCUUCUCCGUGAGACCGGAGAAGCAGAAUGUUAUUAUGGGACCGUUCCCAAACACCCAUCCUGAAUAUGUCCACCUGAACCUCUGGGGUAGGAUUAAGCCUGGCGAAAUCAAACACAAUGUCAAGUCGAUGAAGGUUGAAUUAGUCCUUCAGAAGGAAACGGCAGGAAAAUGGCCGAUGCUGCAGCGGGAGGAUGCCGAAGGAUUCAACAACCUCUCAGGAACCACCAAGUCCCACCCCUCCUUCGAAGAAUUCACUUCCUUCAUUCGACGUUUAGGGUAUAAGAACCCCAAGCGGCUGGGCAUUGAUGAUUGCCAUGUAAACCGCAAUGCCUGGUAUACCUUUCUCUUAGAGAAGCUCCAGGAUGGUCUGGAUGAUCACAUGGUAUCAGCCGUGGAAGGCUCAGAGGUCCCGAGUGCACCAACCGAAGCUACGACUACUGCUCAACCUAAGGGUGGUCUAACGCAAGCUGGAAGCCCCGCGACUCAGCCUACUCCAACUGUCAGCAAGGAAGGUUCGGCAAAGGCCACCAGCGCCCAAGCCUACCCCACAUCCUCUAAGAAAGUGGUGAAUUGGGACAAGCUUGAGGAUGUCGACGAUGACGGCGAAGAUGAGGACAGCGACGUCAACUCGUUCUUCCAGGAUCUGUAUAGGAAUGCAAACCCUGAUUCGAAGCGAGCAAUGAUGAAGAGUUUCGUCGAGAGCAACGGUACGUCUCUGAGCACCAACUGGGCCGAAGCCCAGAGCAAGACGUACAAGGCCCAGCCUCCCGACGGUGCCGAAGUCAAAAAGUGGGAUUAAACGGCACCGCGCAUGUGGGUUAGUUGAUCUAACUUGGUUUGCCUCGCUGUUUUUAUCGCUUUUUCUUGCUUUUUCUUCGCCAAAGAGUACCACACCGGAUGGAUAGGCGGCAUGAUACCAAUUGAUACUAGGCACCGAUGCUUAAUACAACUAUUAUGACUUACUAGGUAGUAUCUCCGUUUGUGAUCGAAGAUGAUGUAUCUGGCUUUACGACAAACGCACGAUUGUUCACCGCGU